AUGAGCGGAAGCAAGCGCGCUCACGACGAGAACAUACCAGUUACUCCACAGAACCAAUCUUUUACGUUUGUCGAUGGCUUUGCACCCAAAAAACCGCGUCUUUCUGCAAAGAACGCCCGCCCGUUUACCUCUCAAGAAAUACAAAACAUUCAACGAGAUCGCGAAGCCCAACGGCUAACGCAAGCGAGGGAGAAGGAAGAAGACCCCGUCCUUUCCGUUCAAGUCUCAUGGAUGCUCUCGUAUCACGGAUCCGAACUCCUCGACUCUAUUCACGCGUGCCAUCCAGAUAUGGCCAUCGAUUGGGCUCUGAGUACUACCGCUGAACGUAUCGAAGCCGAGUGGAAGGUCCUCGUUAGGGAGUUCCAACCUGGCCAGGGUGUUCCGAUUACGGACAUUCUCGCGAGGUUCUCACUGCAGCGGGUUCUUGCACAGACGCAGCUGCUUGCCCCGACACUAUAUGACCUUCUACAGCGGGUCAGUGGAUCACACGAGUCCACUUCAAUCCAUAAGGACCGCAACCUGACAGUGGCCACCACAAUCUGCAUGCUCGUCAAGUCACGCAAUGACCAUGCCCCCGAGUUCCAAACGACGACGUGCAUGUAUUUUCUCGCAUGCGGCGCGUCACGGUCACUUUUCGAUGUUCUCAACCACGCCGGUCUCACCCUUUCCUAUACGCAGGCUGUUGCUAAACUCAAGCAGCUCGGGGCAGAGCGUCUUGAGGAAAUGCACGCCGUUUCACGAACCCAGGCUGUGAUGAUUAUCUGGGAUAAUCUGAACAUUGCCUUCAAUGUGACGGAACAACAUCAUGAUUCGAAGGCACAUUUUGACAACGGGACGACAGCCACCCUCAUCCCCCUUUUCGGGGAAGUGCGGCGUGUCGAGGAUGGCCAGCUUUGGCAUAUUCAAGACAUCCUCUACGAUGCCUUCCCCGAUCUUCGUGACCGUUUUCGGCAUGGGACCGAAGCGGCACCCUCAGUCUAUCAGAUUCCGCUGCACAAGACGAAGCAGUAUCCCUUGCCUGCGAUGCACAUUGACGAGUCAAGUUUGGAUGGAACGCUAGAGGUUCUCGACACCAUCGUUACGCGCCACUUGAAGUUCACUGCGGAAGACCUCCAGAAGCACGGCAUACUCAUUUGUGCCGGAGAUCAGCUCUCUAAGCUCCUCGUUGACAAGGGCUAUGGUUGGAGGCUGGACAGCAAAAACCCUCCCCCUUUUUCAGCCCUCUUGGGAACUUAUAAUCAAGAUGGCGUUGCCCUCCAACAUCCUAGAUGGUUUCCGGAUCUACUGUGGCGCUUGCGCCGACUCCCACCAAAAAAGCGCGACGUGCCACUCGAGAACAUAUGCCUCUUCAACCGCGAUGCACUUCUUUUCCGGCAACUCAAAUACGCAGUCAAACGUGGUGAUGUUGGUGCGAUUCUUGACAUUUGCACACACCGGUUGUGCAAUCUAUUCACCUCACUCCCAUCUUCCCAGUUCGGUCCGAAAGAACCAAGUUUGAUCAAAUUUCAGGCGUUUACCGAUGGGAAAUGGUUGGAUGCAAAGUCCGGCGACAAGAUUGUCGUUACGAACCCCGCUACCAAUGAGGAACUUGAAAGGAUCCCCGAUAUGGGCCUAUCUGAAACAAAAGAGGCUAUCGACGCCGCAGCUAAGGCAUUUACAACGUGGAAAGACCACCGCGAAGGUCGGUCCAUGGCUGUCAAGGGGAAGAUUCAGACGACCCUCCUACUCUCGCUGUCAGACCCUGCUACCAAUGAGGAACUUGGAACAAUUCCCGAUAUGGGCCUAUCUGAAACAAAAGAGGCUAUCGACGCCGCAGCCAAGGCAUUUACAACGUGGAAAGACCAUCGCGAAGGGGAAGAUUCAGAUGACCCUCCCACUCUCGCUGUCAGACCCCGCUACCAAUAA